CAUGUACCAGAGAUGUCUGUAAUAAUUGUUUGCUGUGGUGUCCUGACUCAAAUUAACAAAGUGUUGUGAAAGAACUGCUGGUACGUAUGUCCAAAAACAGUAGACAUGCAAACCACAAAAUCAUGUUUUUAUGGUGUUAUUGUUUCUUUAUAAAGACAUUCACAGAGUGGAAACCACCGGUCUUUAAGACACUACUUAAAGAUGGUGCUCUCCGUCUGGUAAACAGCUAUUAUCUUCACAAUACUAAAUGACGGCCACAUCGGCAACCAUUAUCAGGGCCUCCUAUAGAGUCUUCCUGAACCCUGUUUAUCCUGUGGUUGACCACCAUUUAUUAGUCAUGACCCAUAAAUAGUGCAGCAAAAUACCUGCAACGCUACAUCAGAUAACCAGAGAUGUUGUAAAAGUUGACUGAUUCAGCAGUUUACAAAUAAUUGUGUGGAAAUGAAAUCUGGUUCAGUCGGAUGAUUUUUUUUUUUUUUGCCAAAUGAACUCUCCUGGAAUAAAGACUGAUCAUUUCACAAAAUUAAAUGUAGCAUAUAGCUUUGUUUUCUGCAUUGAGAGGUAAAGUGACAUGAUGUUUCUAGCCUCCAAAUUAUCAUUAUGGUCUUUGUAAUGUGGCAAUUACCGUGUUUGUGAUCAUUCCUGUUGACACAUCAAUGGUGCUUAACAUGUUAAAUCAUUGUGAAUGAAACUAGUUUGUGUUUGUACAAGAUGUUGGAAAAUCAGACUUAAUGUCCAUAAAUUACUCCACCAAACAAUUCCAGUUUCACCUGGAGAAAUCGGCCCACUAAUAGAACUAAAAGAAAUGCAGCCUGGACAAUUGUGCCGAGGCGUUAAUAUUAAGUUUAAAUUAAAAACCUGCGUUCAGACAAACAAACUUUCUAUUUCCAAACAGGUUUCCUUUAAUGGUUCACUAGAAACAAUGACAGCAAAGUGUUUAUUGUCAUGAUGUUGCCAAAUUGUCAUAGUGGCCAUGCAGGUUUUGGUGGUAGUUGGUGGAAUGCAGAUAGGCCUGGUGAUAACAGUGAGAUAUACUGGGAUUAGGUACUAGACCAUUGUCACUUCACUUUUAAGGUGACAGAAUACAGCCGGUAAUUUCACAUCGGCAUGAUAAAGUGAGUUGAACCUUAAAGUGCAACUUUCCCUGUGGGAUUGCUGACCUGCGGUGAAAGUCUACCUGCUCAUUACCGACUCACUCUCGCUGUCUUACCUGUCCACUGUUCACUCAUCCUCCCUCUCCCAUUCAUUCUCAAGCCCUCCACAUGUCUCCUCCCUCUUUGCUGAGGUCAUAUAUAACCCAGCAAGGGUUUUCACUUCUCCUCAGGGACAUUUUACAGGUGUUGUCUCCAACUUUGACAGAGUGUUAUGACCGAGGAUUUCAAGAAGUUGUGGAGCAGCACUUGUAUUGUUUAAGGGUGAGAUUGAGACACAUUCUUAUUUUUUUGUUCAUUUGUUUUAUUGUACUUUAUUUUGAAAACUGUAUAAAAUAGUUCAUGUUAAGGCCUUUAUGAAGCCUGUCUGAUUGUACACUUUGUUCCAUUGGUAUGUUUUUUUUAAUUCACUGCUUCUCACUCUUUCAUUUGUCUCUUCCAGUCAAACAUCAGGUGUCAAUGUCUCCGUCUCUGGCCAGAUCUGCUCCGAGCGAGCUCAACCAUUGGUGGAGCCAGCUGAGGUUUCGUCUUCAAAACAAGAAAGGAUGGAACGAGAUGUUGGAUGAGACGUUUCUGCUCCACACAAAAUACAUAAAUGACAUUCCUCUCUUCUAUGAGGCUAAAAUGAACAGUGUCGGCUCCAUCAAGAAACUGCUGAGUUGUGCGUCCACUAAUAUCUUUGAGAGAGGGGCUCUUGGUGAGACGGCACUUCAUGUUGCUGUGAUGGCUGAUAACCUGGAAGCUGCCAUGGCUCUGAUGGACGGAGCUCCUGAACUCAUCAACGAGCCUAUGACAUCCGAGCUCUUCCAAGGUGUUACUCCUCUCCACAUCGCUGUGGUGAAUCAGAACAUCAAUCUGGUUCAUCAUCUGAUCAGUCGUGGGGGUGACGUGGCUACACCUCGAGUCACCGGUCUGUACUUCAAGAAGAGGAUAGGAGGACUCAUAUACUGUGGUGAGCACAUCCUGUCUUUUGCUGCGUGUGCUGGGAACGAGGACAUUAUCUCCAUGGUGAUCGACGCAGGGGCCAGCACCAGAGGCCAGGAUUACCGUGGUAACACAGCGCUUCACAUUUUGGUUCUGCAGCCCAACAAGACUAUUGCGUGCCAGGCCAUUGACCUGAUUAUGGCACGCGAUGCAGAGCUGGACCAGUCAGUGCCACUCGACAUGGUGCCCAACAACCGAGGCCUUACGCCUUUUAAACUGGCUGCCAAAGAGGGAAACAUUGUGGCGUUUCAGCACCUGGUUAAUAAAAGGCGUGUAGUCCAAUGGAGUCUGGGCCCCCUGACCUCUAACCUGUAUGACCUGACGGAAAUAGAUUCAUGGGCUGACGACAUGUCAGUGCUGGAGCUCAUCGUGGGCGGUCACAAGAGAGAGGCAAGAAGGAUACUGGAGUUGACUCCUGUGAGGCAGCUGGUCAGUCUGAAGUGGAACCUGUAUGGAAAACAUUACUUCAGGCUGCUGCUGUUCCUGUAUCUCCUGUACAUCGGGACCUUCACACUGUGUUGUGCAUUUCGCCCUCUGAAGGACGCUCCGGAGAACUACACACAGUCAGAAAUGGACAAAACCAUCCGGGUCCAGAAAACAUUUCAUGAGAGUUAUGUGACACAUGAGGACAACCUGCGGCUGGUGGGUGAGAUCAUCAGCAUCCUGGGAGCUUUUGUCAUCCUGUUGCUAGAGAUCCCUGACAUACUGAGAGUGGGGGCAAAGCGCUAUUUUGGCCAGACAGCACUGGGAGGCCCCUUCCAUGUUAUCCUUAUCACCUACGCAUGCCUGGUGGUGCUGCUGUGUGUGUUCAGAGCCUGCGAGGUGCAGGGAGAGGCUGUGGUGAUGGCAGUGUGUUUAGUUCUCGGGUGGAGCAAUGUCAUGUUCUUCGCCCGAGGUUUUGAAAUGCUCGGCCCUUAUGUCAUCAUGAUACAGAAGAUUAUAUUUGGAGACCUGACCAAGUUCAUGUGGCUGAGUUUCAUUGUGCUCAUUGGUUUUUCCACCUCCCUGUGGGUGGUGUAUAUGACCCAGGAGCCUGAGUCCAUUCCUGCAUAUCGCUCCUUUCCCAUCACCCUCUUCUCCCAGUUUGAGCUCAGCGUGGGCCUCAUAGAUCUGCCUGUGGACCAAACCAUCACUACCCACCCGAUCGUCUACGUGCUGCACUGCACCUUCUCUGUUGUCUCCUACAUCCUUCUUCUAAAUCUACUGAUAGCUAUGAUGAGUGACACACACUGGAGGGUGGCCCAGGAGAGAGAUGAGCUCUGGAGGACUCAGGUGGUAGCCACAACGCUGAUGCUGGAGAGGCGGCUGCCCCGCUACCUGUGGCCUCGGCUCGGGGUGUGUGGGCUCAAAUACGGUCUGAAGGAGCGCUGGUAUCUCAGGGUUGAGGACAGAAACGACCCAAUGUUGCAAAAGAUGCGGCGUUACGCCAAGGCUUUCUCUAAAGACGAGGAAAAGGAAAAGGAGGGAUUGGAGAAGUCUGACACGAUAAAGGGGUCCAUCUCAGGAACCCCCAAGCUCAGACCUAAAAACAAUGCGAGGUCUCUGACAGGGUGGCAGAUGAUUCGCCACAGCGCUUUGGGUUUGGAGAUGGAGCAGGAAGAGCCAGAGGAGGACCAGGACAUUAAAUAUGUUUAGGAAGAGAUUCUGCCUGAGCCUGAAGAGCAUUCUCUGAGCCCUUCCUUCAUCUUACAGUCCUGAACAUAUAAAGUACACAAAGUGUUUAUGAACAUACUUGCAAGACGAGGACUCAACCGACCCAAUCUGUCUAUACAUUCAACUGUGCAAUUAUUCCAGCAGUAUUAUGCUUUAGAAAAGAGUGUGUUAUUUUUUUAUAUAAAAUAGUAGUAGUAUAGUAUAAAACUGUAGCAGUAAUAUUUGCUCAGCUAAUAUAAAGUGAAACAGACAUUCAACUUAUUAUGUAUUUGUAUGAAUUUUUUUAAUAUCAGAAUAAAACCUUGUUGAAACAAA